AGCUGUUUAGGAGCGCGCGCAAAAUUUGAAAGUCACCCGGAAGUGACAACGCUUUUAGCAGCAGUGAUGUUUUGAAUACGCGCGUGAAGUAGGAUUAUUUAGACAAAUAUUUUUGUCAGUUUUUGAAUACAACACUAUACUCUUAUGCGUAUUUGCAAUGUUGAAGUUUAAAUAUGGAGGACAUGGCAGCGUUAAGGAUCUGGCCUCAGUGGAGCCCAUCACAAGCCGCAGCUCAAGACUUAACCAGAUCUUCCAGGGGAAGAGCAGUGCGUAUGGCUCGGCUGGAGGAAGCGAGUUGAGGAGGGAGACCUUGUUGGAUGCUUUGCUUCUGCUCUAUCAGGAGUGCAGCUCUCCAGAGCUCAUGAAGAUCAGACAUGUGGCCAGAUUUGUCAACAAAUUCUCAGACGUGGUGGCAGAGCUCCAGCAGCUGCAGCCGUCUAAGAAAGAUUUCGAGGUGAGAGGAGUGGUGGGCCGUGGCCGCUUCGCUGAGGUGCAGGUGGUGAAAGAGAAGGCCACAGGAGACGUGUACGCCAUGAAGGUGAUGGACAAGCACUGCCUGCGCACACAGGACAAUGUGGCGUUCUACGAGGAGGAGCGGGCCAUUCUGGCUCUCAGCAGCAGUCCCUGGAUACCACAGCUCCAGUACGCCUUUCAGGACCAGGAUAACGUCUACCUGGUGAUGGAAUACCUGCCUGGAGGAGAUCUCAUGGCACUGCUGAACAGAUACGAGGAUCAGUUUGACGAGUCGAUGGCUCAGUUUUAUCUGGCAGAGCUGGUGCAGGCCAUCCACACUGUGCACCAGAUGGGAUACGUCCAUAGAGACGUAAAACCAGAGAAUGUUCUUAUUGACCGUACAGGACACAUUAAGCUGGCAGACUUCGGCUCUGCUUCUAAACUAACCGCAAAUAAAUCGGUGGGCUCAUCCAAGCUUCCAGUUGGCACUCAGGACUUCCUGGCCCCGGAGGUUCUCUCAGCCCUGAACGGGGGUUCUCAGUGCAGUUACGGUCCCGAGUGUGACUGGUGGUCUUUGGGGGUUAUCGCGUAUGAAAUGAUCUACAUGAAGUCGCCUUUCACUGAUGGGACCUCAGCUAAAACUAUCAACAACAUCAUGAACUUCCAGCGUUAUCUGAAGUUCCCUGAGGAUCCCAAGGCCAGCUCUCAGUUUGUGGACCUUGUGCAGAGUUUGCUGUGUGUGGCACGGGAACGGCUCGGCUACGAGGGCCUGCGCUCUCACCCCUUCUUCUCCAGCGUCGACUGGAGCGGCCUCAGACAUGCUGUCCCUCCCUUCGUUCCCUCGCUCCGUGCCGAAGAUGACACGUCCAAUUUUGAGGAGCCGGAGAGGGCCCCUCGGCGUGCACACGCUGCCCAGCGAGAGCCCCCGCACCCGGGCUUUCAGGGACAAGACCUGCCCUUUCUAGGCUGGUUCUUCAGCCGGGCCCUAACUGCACUGGCCAAAUCUGAAUCAGUGGCGGCAGGCCUCAACUCCCCUGCCAAGUCCAACUCAAUGGAAAAAAAACUGCAACUAAAAAGCAAAGAACUUCAAGACACCCAAGACAAAUGUCACAAGAUGGAGCAGGAGAUCUCGCGCUUCCAGCGUAAGAUGACCGACCUGGAGUCGGUGCUCCAGCAGAAGGACGUGGAGCUCAAGGCCUCCGAGACACAAAGGAGCAUUCUGGAGCAGGACCUCGCCACCUACAUCACCGAAUGCAGCAGUCUGAAGCGCAGCUUGGAGCAGGCGCGUGUCGAGGUGUCUCAGGAGGAUGACAAGGCUCUACAGCUGCUCCAUGAUAUUCGAGAGCAGAGCAACAAGCUGCAGGAGAUUAAAGAACAGGAGUACCACGCUCAGCUGGAGGAGAUGCAGGUGACCAUCAGGCAGCUGGAGGAGGAUCUGUCUGCUGCCCGGCGUCGUAGCGAUCUGUACGAAGCUGAGCUGCGAGACUCGCGCCAGACAAGCGAAGAGCUCAAGAGGAAGGCUGCAGACUACCAGCAGAGAAUCCAGAAGGCUAAAGAGCAGGGCAAGGUUGAGGCGGAAGAGCUGCUCACCAAGCUGGAGAAGACCAAUGCAGAGCAGCAGUUGAAGAUCCAGGAGUUACAGGAUAAGCUGUCUAAGGCGGUGAAGGCGAGCACGGAGGCCACAGAGCUUCUGCAGAACAUUCGUCAGGCCAAAGAGCGGCUGGAGCGUGAACUGGAGCGGCUGCGUAGCAAAACGGAUCCCAGCGACACACUGCGCAGACGUCUGCGCGAGACUGAGGAAGGCAGAAAGACUCUGGAGAACCAAGUGAAGAGGCUAGAGAUGGUGGAGCGAAGAGAGAAUAAACUGAAAGAUGACAUUCAGACCAAAUCGCAGCAGAUCCAGCAGAUGGCUGAGAAGAUCCUGGAACUGGAAGAGAACCUGAGGGAAACUCAAGCCACCGCCCAGAGGAUGGAGGCCCACCUAGUCCAGAAGGAAAGGCUGUAUGAAGACAAGAUCAAGGUGCUGGAGGCUCAGAUGAAGGCAGACUUGGCUGAUAAGGACAUACUGGAGGCCAAGCGAGCUCAGCAUGAAGAGGAAGUGCGUGAGAAAGGCAAACUCCUCAGCGAACAGAAAGCUACCAUCAAUGCCAUGGAAAAUAAGAUGAAGAGUCUGGAACAGCGUAUUGCUGAGCUCUCUGAGGCCAACAAACUGGCAGCCAACAGCAGCAUCUACACCCAGAAAAACAUGAAAGCACAGGAGGAGAUGAUCUCGGAGCUGCGUCAGCAGAAGUUCUACCUGGAGUCGCAGGCAGGAAAGCUGGAGGCUCAAAACGCCAAGCUGGAGGAGCAUCUGGAGAAGAUGAGUCAGCAGGAGCAGAGCAAGAAAAGCCGGCUGAUAGAGCUGGAGACCAGAUUGCGAGAGAUGGGUCUGGAGCAUGAGGAGCAGAAGCUGGAGCUAAAAAGGCAGGUGACGGAGCUGACGCUGUCACUGCAGGAGCGAGAGUCUCAGAUCAGCAGUCUGCAGGCGGCACGUCAUGCUCUGGAAAGCCAACUACAACAGGCCAAGACCGAGCUGGAGGAGACCACGGCCGAGGCUGAGGAGGAGAUCACUGCUCUUAGAGCUCACAGAGAUGAAAUUCAGCGCAAGUUUGAUGCCCUGAGGGACAGCUGCUCGGUGAUCACAGACCUGGAGGAGCAGCUGACCCAGCUGACCCAGGAGAAUGCCGAGCUGAACCGGCAGAACUUCUACCUGUCCAAACAGCUGGAUGAGGUGACGGACGAGAGCGAGGAAAGACUACAGCUCAGCCAGGAUGUGGAGCGUCUACGCCGAGAGGUGGCUGACAGAGAGAUGCACCUGAACAAUCAGAAACAGAACAUUGAGACCUUGAAGACGACGUGCAGCAUGCUCGAGGAGCAAGUGGUAGAGCUGGAGACGCUGAAUGACGAGCUUCUAGAGAAAGAGAGACAGUGGGAGAACUGGCGCUCAGCCCUGGAGGAUGAGAAGGAGCAAGCAGAGCGACGCACACGCGACCUUCAGCGCCUCCUCGAUAACGAGAAACAGAACCGACUACGUGCUGAUCAGCGCAGCACUGAAUCCCGCCAGGCUGUGGAGCUGGCUGUGCGCGAACACAAGGCCGAAAUCCUCGCCCUCCAGCAGGCGCUCAAGGAGCAGAGGCUCAAAGCUGAGAGUCUGUCUGAUACAUUGAAUGACCUGGAGAAGAAGCAUGCCAUGUUGGAGAUGAACGCUCGCAGCCUCCAGCAGAAACUAGAGACUGAGAGAGAGCUCAAGCAGAGGCUGAUGGAGGAGCAAGGAAAGCUGCAGCAACAGAUGGACCUCCAGAAGACCCAUAUCUUCAGACUGACUCAGGGUCUGCAGGAAGCACUGGACCAAACUGACCUGCUCAAGACUGAGAGAACAGACCUUGAGUACCAGCUAGAAAAUAUACAGGCCGUGUACUCUCAUGAGAAGGUGAAGAUGGAAGGCACGAUCUCUCAGCAGACCAAACUCAUUGACUUCCUUCAGGCCAAGAUGGACCAACCCAUCAAGAAAAAGAAGGGUAUUUUUGGACGUCGGCGGGAGGAGAUGGUUGCUGUCGGUAACGGGGCAGCAGGCAUGGCACAGGGGCAGCCGGCAGUGCCUAUGCAGUACAGCGACAUGAAGGCGGCACUAGAGAAGGAGCGAGCACGGUGCACUGAGCUGGAGGAGGCCCUACAAAAGAUGAGGAUAGAGCUGCGCUCACUGAGAGAAGAGGCGGCUCACUUCAAGGCCCAGGAGCAUGUGGCCCCCUCCACACCGGCCUCAGCCCGUCACCAGCUCCUUAUGUCGGCCAUCGUUAAGUCUCCUGAACGGCAGCCAAAUCCAAGCAGCCUGCUGAACCCAGCCAGCUCGGCCCGACGCAAGGAGACCUCCACUCCCGAGGAGAAGAGGAGGGUUACAUUCGAAAAGUAUGGGCGGCGUGUGAAGGAGAGGAUGCACCAUAACAUUCCUCACCGCUUUACAGUGGGACUCAACAUGAGAGCCGCCAAAUGUGCAGUCUGCCUGGACACUGUGCACUUUGGUAGACAGGCUGCAACCUGCCUGGAAUGUCAUACUCUGUGCCAUCCCAAGUGCUCCCCCUGUCUUCCUGCUACGUGUGGUCUGCCUCCGGAGUAUGCCACCCACUUCUCUGAGGCUCUGUGCAGGGACAAGGCCAACUCUCCAGCGCUGCAGGUCAAAGAAGCUUCUGGACAUGUGCGCCUGGAAGGCUGGAUGAAGCAGCCUAGGAAUGGGAAGCGAGGUCAGCAGGGCUGGGAGAGCAAGUAUGUAGUUCUGGACGGAACUAAAGUCUCCAUCUACGAGUCAGAACCCAGAGAAGAUUCAGUGAAGCCACAGGAGGAGUUUGAACUGUGUUUACCUGAUGGUGAGGUGACAGUCCAUGGCGCUGUGGGAGCCUCUGAGCUCAUCAACACUGCAAAGUCAGAUAUACCAUACGUACUGAAGCUUGAGUCUCAUCCACACACAACAUGUUGGCCUGGUCAGUCGCUCUACUUCAUGGCCCCCAGUUUCCCUGAUAAACAGCGCUGGGUGGCUGUUCUGGAGUCAGUGGUUGCUGGCAGCAGGAGCUCACGUGAAAAAUCAGAGUCUGAUGCAGCAGGUGUAGCUAAACGACAGAAGACUCUCUCUCCACUAGUACAGAAACUUUUGGGGAAUUCCUUGUUGAAGCUGGAGGGUGAUGACCGGUUGGAUAUCAACUGUACUUUACCACUGACUGAUCAGAUUGUAAUGGUGGGUUCAGAAGAGGGUCUGUAUGCUCUGAAUGUGAUAAAGAACUCUCUGACUCACAUCCCGGGCCUGACCUCCGUCUUCCAAAUCCAGAUUCUCAAAGAGCUCGACAAAUUGCUCAUGAUCACAGGAGAGGAGCGAGCUCUGUGUCUGGUGGAGAUUAAAAGAGUGAAGCAGUCUCUGUCUCAGUCUCACCUGCCUGCCCAGCCUGAACUCUGUCCUUAUAUCUUUGAGGCAGUGAAGGGAUGUCAUCUCUUUGCCUCUGGCAAGAUUGAGAAUGGGAUGUGUAUCUGUGCUGCAAUGCCAAAUAAGAUCACUAUCCUGCGCUACAACGAAAGCCUCAGCAAGUUCUGCAUCAGGAAGGAGAUUGAGACCUCCGAGCCCUGCAGCUGCAUCCACUUCACAGGUUACAGCAUCAUCAUCGGCACAAACAAGUUCUAUGAGAUCGAGAUGAAGCAGUAUGUGCUGGAGGAGUUCCUGGAUAAGAAUGAUGUGACGCUGGCCUCGGCCGUGUUCGCCGCUUCCUCGCACAGCUUCCCCAUCUCCAUCAUUCAGGUGUCCUGCGCCCCACAGAAGGAUGAGUACCUGCUCUGCUUCCACGAGUUUGGAGUGUUUGUAGAUGCAUAUGGCCGCCGGAGUCGCAGCGACGAUAUCAAAUGGAGUAGACUGCCUCUGUCCUUCGCCUACAGAGAGCCGUACUUGUUCGUCACUUACUUCAACUCUCUAGAUGUGAUUGAGGUUCAGAGCCACUCUGCGCUGGGGCCUCACGCCUACGCCCACCUGGACAUCCCUAGCCCACGGUACCUGGGUCCUGCCAUCUCAUCUGGCGCUGUGUACCUAGCCUCUUCUUACCAGAACAAGCUGAGGGUCAUCUGCUGCAAGGGCAACCUGGUGCAGGAGAGCUCCGCCUCCGAGCCUCAGAGAAACGGCUCCACCCGCAGCAGCCCAAACAAGCGUGGUCCACCCUCCUACAACGAGCACAUCUCGAAGCGUCUGGCUGCGGGCCCCGUGCCUCAGGACAGCAUGCAGCAGGUGGCCACACCGCGCCGGUACCGUGAGGCUCGGACCGAGUUCCGCAGAGACGCGUCUCCCUCCGGACCGCUGGAAAGGGAGAAGUCCCCGGGCCGCCUGGUGGACAGGGGUAUGGAUACCCGGCUCGAGCGUUCACCCGCCCGAGUGAUGGAGCUGAGGAGGGAGAGGUCACCCGGUCGUGCAUUUGAGAGGCUGCACACGGGCUCGUCCCGCACACCAAUCAAUGGUGUCAACAAGGUGUGGGAUCAGUCAUCGGUGUAAGUGAGGGAGAGAGACGAACCCAGCCCAUCUUUUUAUUGUAUUUUACCAAAAAGAAGAUUGUCGUAAGUCAUGUGACCCAGGCAACUACCCCAUGGGCGAAAACAGAGGCACCGUAUGAAACCCCUGCACAGUAACGCUGACACAGCACAAUCUCUCACUGUAGACGCCUUACGUAAGAUUAAUAUUAGUGACACCCACCUGGCCAGCAGUAUGUAGUGAUACUAACAUUUCUAAACUUCCUUGGAGGGGUUGCUUGGUUACAUGAGUAUUUUUUUUUCCGCCUUGAUGUGGAAUAUGGAAAUAAUUCCAUGUCAAUUGUCAGAAAUGCGCAAAUGGAGGAAUAUGACACAUAUGACCCUUUACUGUUCUGUUCACUCUGUUCUUUUUUUUUCUGUCCCUUUUUCCUGAGCCUGAAAGCACCACAGCACAAAGAUCGUUACGAGACGGUCGAAUGAGCACCACUCUGAGCACCGUCUCUAAUCUUCAGCAUGAUCUUAACACUGUGAUGCUUUUUGGAGAGCAGGCUCUGCACACUCUCUGACGUCUGUCUGUCUGUCUGUCUGUCUCUUCCUCUCUGUCUCCACUCUACCCACACUACACGGCCCCUGUUGAAGGAACAGGAACUUUGUAACACUUCAGGAUGUCAUGUGACACUUGUAUAUAAGCGGUUUCUUUUUUUAAAAGGGAAUACUAAGGCUGGUUAAGCCAUGUCUAUUUUUGUUAAUGAAAAAAAAAGUGAGAAGCUCAUUUGUAAACAUUUCCUCUUGAAUGUCCAGAUGAACCAUGUGGACCGUAUACGACGUCCAUGCGUAUGCUUCAAAGUGGAACAUUUAGCUUGGGUCUGUUUUACUGGUGUACGUGAUCAUCUUGUUGAAGCAAAUUCACAUACUGGCUCUCAAGGCUCCGUAAAUUUUGUACCAUUUUGCUGCCCGAUCAGCUCCAUUAAAGUUGUAAGAUAUGUAUCUAUAGUGUUUAACUGUUGUUUCAGAGCACUAGAAGACAAUUAUAAAGCAUUGUGACAAUGUUUGUUUUUUUAUGGCACAGAAAAACGUAAUGAGAGCGACAGCGGUCUGAUAAAGCCGCAUGUUAUAUAUAUUGGAAGGUCCUGGUUUAUUAGUUGAGCCAGCAUGACCUUUGACCCUCAGGAUAUGAAUGAAUGAAUAGCAGAAAUAUGAGCAGAGUACUAUUUCUAUUGGAAUGAAUGCUAUACUGACGAUCAGCUAUCCAUAGUAACUUCUCUGUAUAUCGUUCCAGCAGUGAAGCGCUGAGUCACUAUGAUAGCCAUUCGUACCGUGCCGUCUCACUCUGUAGCAUGUAAACUGUGUGAGGAACAAACCAGAACAAACACACUUGUUCCGUUACGGCCUCUUGUUUCCUUUCCUUGUUACUUGAUGCACUUCCUCCAUUGUGCUCUUAACGCUGAUGUCCAACAACUGCUGACAAGUAGCUUUCAUUGUAGUUUUUACUUUUUCUUUCUUUCUUUUCUUUUUUUUAAAUGUCAAAGCAUUAAGUAUACUACUAACUAUUAAAAGAAGCUCUAUCUUU